UAUUUCAUAUAUAAAUAUAAAUAUUAUUCGUAAAUUAUUUAUAUGAAUCUUCAAAAUAAUACAAUAUAAAAGCAAUGUUUCGAGACGCUCCAAAGAUCCUUAUAGAAGAUGGAUCUUCUCCGUCUGCUUCUUAUGUUAUGUAUGUUAGAAUGGAAGAUUUACUAGAAAAAUUAAAAUUGUUAAAUUAUGAUAUUGAAUUUCUACCAGAGUUUAAAAUCAAGGCUAUAAAUAGGAAUUAUUUUGUAACACAGACAAAUCCAGGAGAGCAAUUUUAUACAUUUACAUUGUUAGCUGCAUGGUUAAUUAGAAAAGCAGGUGGAAAGUUUGAAGCUCCACAAGAAUCAGAUGAUCCUAAUGCUACAAUAGCCAUAAUCCUGGAUUAUUUAAGAGAUACUAAUGUAUCAAUAGAAUUUCCACCUAAUAAGCUUAAACAAGGGAGUGGUGAACAUGCCAUUUAUGUUUUAGAUAAUUUAGCAGAUGAAGCAUUAAAAGCACAAAAGUUUCAAUGGAAAAAAGUACAAAUAUCACCCGACGAACCAAGUAAUGAACCAGAUAUAGAAGAUGACGAUGCGGAGUUAAUUUUAGAAAAAGUAGAAGAGGAAAUGAUGGCUGAAUAUGAUGAUGAAGAUGAGGAUAUUUUACAUGUUGAUGAUAUUACAAAACUAUAUGGGCAAAACUUUAAUGAAAUGCAAAAACCUGAUGAUAUUUUAGAAUCUAAAACAAAUAGAGAAGAGUGGCAAUUAGAAUUAGAAAGAGUUUUGCCUCAACUCAAAGUAACGAUAAAAACAGAUUCAAGAGACUGGAGAUCACAUAUAGAGCAAAUGAAACAAUUACGUACAAAUAUAGCAACAAAUUUAACUGGAACCAAAAGUCAAUUAGAUAAACUACAUAUUGAUAUAUCUAAUACUUUAGAUAAAAUAAAAACAAGAGAAUCUUAUUUAAAUAGACAACUUGAGUCUAGUUUGAAGCAAUACCAAAUGCUUCAAGAUGAAUUGUCAAAAAUUAAAGAACAAUAUCGAGAUGCUAGUGGAGGUGUUACAGAGAGAACCAGAAUUUUUAAUAAAUUAUCAGAAGAAUUGGAACAUGUAAAAAAAGAAAUGGAUGAACGAGGAUCGAGUAUGACAGAUGGAACGCCGCUCAUAAAUAUAAAAAAGACGAUUACUAAAAUGAAAACUGAAAUUUCCGAAAUGAAUAUUCGAAUUGGCGUAUUAGAAUAUAGUUUAAUGUGUGCGAGAAUACGUGAUCGCACACAAUUUCAAGAAGAUAUGAAUAAUCAAAAUACUAUCACUAUAAGUUGAGAUAACGUACAAAUAGUAUUGUUAUCAUCAUAAUGGUAUCGUCUUAUCAUAAAUUUUUAACAACACUGAAACAAAAAAUAUUAGUUUCCUUUUGUGUAAGUUACAUACUAUUUAUUUAGUUUCUCACUCUAAUAAUAAUCUUUA